GACGAAUCCCCAUACCGCAGAGAGGACGACUUUUAAGAGGGCGGCUCGGUCGCCGCACUAGCGACCAUUUCUGGAAAACGCGGACACAGAGAGACACAGCGAAACAAUGACGAGGUUCCUGAUCGCCACGACGGUUCUCCUGCUGGCUGCCACCAUUAUAAGCGAAGUAGAAUCUAGACGGAAACGGAAAAGGCCACCUGCAAGCACAGACAGCAAUUCCUACGAUUAUUUCGUUCUCAGUCUGCAAUGGGGACCAGGAUUUUGCAGAACAGUGAGACGGUGCGUGGAAGACAGCAAAAGGACAUUCUGGACGAUCCACGGUUUAUGGCCUAGCGGUGACAACGCGUCCCCCAGCCAUUGUCUCGACCAGCAUUUCGACGAAAGGCUUCUCGACCCUAUUAGGCCAAGCUUAGAUAAGUACUGGCCAUCUCUGAAAAGCGACAUUAGACUAUUCCACACAUUUUGGCAGCACGAAUGGCGGAAACAUGGCACGUGUGCUGCGGACGUUCCAGAAUUAGCUGGGCUACUCCAGUUUUUCAACACAACGCUGAAACUGUACAAGAAAUAUGACGUACACGAGUUCCUCACGAAUAGUGGCAUUACACCAAGUCUAAAUAAUUUUUACGCAGUGAAUGACAUUCGUCAGGCAUUGUCCGACGAUAUUCGAGAGAAGGUCGACAUCGUUUGCAAACGGUCAUUGGUAUUCCCAGAGCCGUUGUUAACAGAAAUUCGGUUCUGCUUGGACAAGUCUCUGACGCCCGUCCACUGUCGAGGCCGGGUUAGCGGCUGCCGCAACAGGAACCUCUAUGUACCCUUCGAAACAUAA